AUGCCGAAACCAUCUACGCGUGCAGCGGCACACCCGCCAACGGGCAACGGCCCAACUCCAUUGCGGGGCGCGGUUCAGAAGAAGGUGAUCAAGAGGCAGAUUAUACCGAUAACGGCCAACAUCACAAGGUGCGAGUUAACCAGCCCCGUCCUCAAGGUGGCUUCCCGGUCUCAAGAUCUUAUUUUCAGCGGCGCUUCCUUGUUCUUCACUAAAGCCGUGUUCAAAGUGCCAUCCACCGAGGAGGAGGCUUUGGAUACCAUGAGGACGGGCACCAGCGAUGUCGACAAAGACUUGCCAGAUGGCAGCCCGAUCAAUGAUCUCUACUUUCUCAGCUGGAGUCAUACGCAAUUUUUCGCCGCACAGAUGGCCGCGCUUGGAUACCGCUUUUUGUCAUCCAAUUUGAGUAGAAGGGCGCAGAAAACCAAACCACCAGCUGUAUCGGAAUGGCUUCGACUUGAAAAAUAUCACACUGUUCCAAGACGCAUGGUGCAAGCUGGUGCCCCUGUACAAAAAAUAUCCGCUGCUGCAGCGGGGCAAGGCUCGGUUGCUCCACUUGGGACACAUAUUCGACCUGCCAGUCACUCACAAAUGGUCGCCGCUGCGGCGCCGCCGAACCAAAAUGGCGUCCCGCCCCCAUCUGGUCGUGGGCUUGCAGACACUGCCAUCAUGAAAGCUACGCCGCAAGGCAGACUAUCGAAUAGCUCUACCUCUCAGCAACCUUCUAACCCCGCAAGUUCCAAACCCGCUUCAAACAUGACGUCAUCUCCGGAGGCACCAUCGCAUGCACCUUCAGCUAUGGCGUCUCUACCAUCCGGCAAAGUUCCCGAUGCGAAUGAUGUCCAAGUCAUAGACCUAACAUGAUGCAUCAAACGAUAAUCGCCUCCGCCUUUCGAGCCACUGGGUCAUAGAGCGCAUCCCUUCGAUGCGUAAGGGUGCUUACUUGUAUAGUACUUACUCACUAACUGUCGCCGCGAUGCUUAGUUUCCGAUUAGGCGAUGGUUCUGUCCCUGAUUUGCUCCCUAAAUUUUUGUUUUUAGUCCUUUGCGUCUCUCAAAA